AUGCCUGUAGAAUUCAUGCAUCGCCCGGAGGACUACGAUCGGGAGUUCGACCCCGACGCGUAUCUACAGUAUUACUUUAGCAAGGAAGCCAUCGAGGAUGGUACCCGGAUCUCGCUUUUCGCCUUGCCCGUCUUCGCCCAAGUGAUUUUGCAGACAGUGCCGGAGCGAGAAAGGCAAACACUCCUCGACAUCGGUGCGGGUCCCACGGUCUACUCAGCCCUCUGCUUCCGCAACGUCGUGAAACGCGUCUACUUGACGGACUACGUCAACAAGAACCUCGACAUUCUCAAGGAAUGGCUGCACAAGACGAACCCCUAUGAUUGGCAACCAACAAUCAAGGUCAUUCUAAGGUCUGAAGGUAGCAGCCCGCCAUCGGAUAAUGAACUGAAAAAGAUUGAAGAAAAAACGCGUGAUCUCGUGGCUGAUGGAGGUAUUCUGUGGGGCAACGUCCAUCUCGAGCGUGUUGUGCCGGAACUACCUCUCAAAAAAGUCGAUGUCGUGCUAUCGGUUUUCUGCCUGGAGAGCGCUUGCCAUAACUAUGAUCAGUAUUUGAGCUGCAUGAAGAAUAUUACGGCCCCGCUGCGCGAUGGAGGGAAAUUCAUUCUCGGAUCGGUUUUGGAGGAUGAUGCUUACAACUCGGGUCGCCAAAAAAUCUUCUCUCUGCUCUACCUAACCGAAGAAAUGAUCAUGAAUGCUAUCGCUGAAGCGGACAUUGAUAUGAACACCGUACGGAAAUAUGUACUUGAAGACGAGGGGGUCAUGUUCCUAAUGGGGUCCAAGAAGCUU